CCCGGCGCCGGCGGCCGAAGCUUUAACGGCGGCUGCCCGGGGACGGGAGAGGGUGGCCGGGAGGGAGCGGGAUCUGUGSCGGCCAUGCCUCCACCGCGCCCCGCGGGGCACCGCAGCGGAGGCUGCGCCCCGGCCGCAUGGGUCCGCGGGGCGCGGGGGGCCGGCGCCCGGCGCUGAGCGGUUCGCGGGUGCGAUGUCUUCGCUGCUGAAGGAGGACCUGGAAAAGAAGCUGUUUGGCCCCCGGCGGCAGAGGCUGCACGAAUUCAUCGAGGUGGAGGGCGCGGGCGCCCAGCGCUACUACCUGUGCGCCGCAGUAACUAAAAAUAAAGAAGUAGAAAUAUGUAUGGUUAAACACUGGCGAGUUGACCGAGAGGAAAAAUAUGAAAUAGUUGAAAAGUGGUUUUUGAAAGAUCUGGAGAUGAUUGAUGGAAAAGAAGCAGAUGCUGACAAUCCACAUUUUGAAAUGCAUUUCCACAAAGUCUACAAUAUGGAAGCAUAUAGUUGUGCAUCUAAAUACACAUUUGCUCGAACACUAAAGAGACUGAAUGCAAUGUACCUUAAGAAGGACUUCAAGAUUGUGAACUUCGAUGACACCUACCUGAACGACGAUUCAAUCUGGUCAUCCAGCAAUAGGGAUUUCUUAGUACUUAUGAGGAUUUGCUUCUAUGCUUCCAACCUUUUAUGUCUCUCCCUCUGCCGACUGUCCUAAAGAUGAAUUUUCUAACAUUAAGGUGACUGGUUGACUUUCACUGACCAGCAUUUCAUAAACCAUCUGAUCAAAAAGUUAGUAAAUGAUGUGGAGUGUCUCUUUUUAAAUUUUACAUGUAAAUAAGRAGUGGAGCACACUUUUCACAUAAACAAUUGAUAAUUCCUUUAUAUAUAUUAGGAGGUCCUGACUCUUGCCAAUACUUUUACGUAAAAAGACUGGAAAUGCAGAACCAGUAACUCUCAUGCUCAGUGGUAACUGCUUAUGUAAGUAGAGUUUAGCACUUGCUUAUAUUUUCAUGSAGGUAUAAAUUAUCUUUCAUUAAUAGCUGGAAAUACUUUUACAGCAUUAAGAGCAUUAACAGUUGGUUYAUAUCCUGGAAGUAGAAAAAAAGAAAGUAACCAGUUGAAUUCUGGAAAUGAUGCACAUUUCCAUGUCCAAAUGUGUUAAAACACAGAACUCCAUUAAAGAGAUCACACCCAUAUCCCUACAAGAAUCUAACUCUCAUCCUGAUGGAGUAUUGCAUUCAGGUACCAUGGGACCAACUCUUCACCUAUGCAGCUAUAUAAUUUUUCCCAUAGAACAUUUAGUACUCCCUUUGGCCUUCAUAUUAUUUGCGGUACUGUCUUAGAAAAUAAAUGUUCUUAAGCAGCAUAACUUCAUCAGUCAGAACUUUUGGAACUUUAAUAUCUCCUCCCUUGAGCUUCAUUGCUUAUGAACAGGCAUGGUUAGGGAACARAAAUSAUUUUUGUCUGUCUCUGAAUCAARAUAUAAGAAAAUACUAUGUAAACAGUAGUUGUUGGCCACUACAGCUACUUKGUAAGUAAGUGACAGACUUUUCAAAAUUCAUAGAAUUAUGAGAAUUAUUUUCACCAGUUUCUAGCUAAGUGUUAGCAUAUUCAGUGCASUAUUUAGAGGCACAUUAGUACUUAGAGCUACAUUUACCAUGGGAUGGAGUCUAGCCUUCGUGGUUUGGAACRUCUCGCAAAAACUAACAGCUGGACUUAUGAUAGUGGGAUACUACACUAGAAACAGAGGAUUGCAGCUGUAUUGAACAGAAGCUGAAGAGGAACAAUGUUAAUUACAAGAAGCACAGUGUUCCUGUGAAAUGYCAGUCAGCUAAGUUAGUUGACUGUUCAUAUCAAAAUCAAUAAAGAAAUGCCAGCCUAAAUUAAGUUUUGUUCAGAGAAGCCUCUGGUCAGAAAGGCCUGCAGGAGAAAAUUCGUUUUUUCUUUUGGCAGCCAAGAGAGUACAGGAAGGUGGGCUGUGGACUAAACUGGGUGUGGACCCAAAGCUGGCUGAUGUCAGCUCCUAGAAAAUCACAGGCUGGUUCAUGGCCUCUCUGAGCACCUGCCAUCUCUAAAAUGAGGUAGUUGUGCAAGGGUGCUAGAUCUCAUCCUUUGCUCUUGUCUUUCACAUGAACUCCUACCUUUGUAAAACAUUUGUUUUUUACAUUUGUGUAAAUGUACUUUGGAUUCAAAACUGAAGUAACACCAAAUAAGUGAGAAUAUAKUUGAAAAACUGCAAAAUGUACCUAUUGUGUGUUUAUAGGAAAGCCCRUAUAUUUGAUAGGCCAAUCUUCAGAUUUUAGAUAUUUAUUCUAGGCAUAUGUUGCAAAUUACAUUCAUUCUAACACACGUCUUAGUAAUUAUGUAUGUGAUGACGGUUGUGAGGACAGUUGAUGUGGAUAACACAAAUCCUCUGGAAUUUAUAAGUACUUAAGUCUUAAAUUUGCCACCUAAAUACUGCUAGAGAGAAGGAUUGUGAUUUUAGUGAUUGCACAAUGCAGUUGCUCUUUUGGGAAUGUCUUUCCAGGGCAAGUAGGUGUGUUGUGAUGUAUCGUUAUUAGCUACAGGAAGUAUUUGUCCAACAUCCAGGUUCCACAAAACCAUCUUAUACAGCAAGUAUAAUUCAUGCUACUGCUAUCUAUGAUACAUUAUCUCAUUUGAAYUGUGUAUUGAUUGUUGAGGUCACGAUGUUUUCCAUAAUGUUUACAAAUUCUUUGCUUGAUAGGCACAAGGAAAUAUUUUAUAGGUCAAAAAGCUUCCAUCAUUCAUCUUGUAAUUGUAAUAAAAACAUAGAACUCUAAAAAUGAGUACU